UUUUUAUUAUACAACCGGUUGUACCAUGUGCAUGGUACAAUCAAGACUAUUUCUUUUUCUUAUGCAUUCAAUUAAAAGAUAUCUCAAACGAAAACGUAUACCAAUAAAUACUUUUGACUUUACGGCUUUUAUCAUGUACACAAUACAUUCGUAUUUAAUUUUUUAAAUUAAAAAACCCUUGCCCGCAAUUUUUGUCAAAAAUUUACUUUGUAAUUACAAUUGAUCUCUUCAUUCUUUAAAGAAAAAAAAAAAACCUUGUUCUUACCCCCCUGGACCCGUGUAUACUCCAAUAGUCUAAUCGUUGAAAUUGUUGCUUAUUUUCACGUACAAUGCAUAAUGUUUCAUAUCUUUAUUCGUAAUUUUGUCUAUUCAAGUUCCAGACUUGGAACUUUAUCAUGGGUAAAUUAUAUGAAGCUCUCAGACCCAUCUUCAGGAACCCAGUUCCUUCAGACCCUUCAUUUUACUUGAAUUUGCUUCAAAUGUGCAUUGAUGCAAAAGCUGGAAAAGAAGGGCGUUUGAUUCACAAGUAUCUUUUCUUUAAUGGGAUUGACUCCAAUGUGACUUUGAAUAACAAAAUGAUCAUAUUCUAUGGCAAAAUUGGUGACAUGAAGCAUGCACGUAAGGUGUUUGAUAAAAUGCCUGAAAGAAAUAUUGUAUCUUGGACUGCUUUGGUAUCUGGGUACUCCCAAAAUGGGUUCUUUAAGGAUGCCCUUAUGGUUUUUGAGAGUAUGCAUUAUUCAGGUGUGAAAGGUAAUCAGUUUACGUUUGGUAGUGCAUUGAGGGCAUGUACCAAGUUGAUGUGUUUGAGGAGUGGGAAGCAAACUCAAGGGUGUUUGCAGAAGAGUAGGUUCGCUGGGAAUUUGUUUGUACAGAGUGCAUUGGUUGACCUGCAUUCGAAGUGUGGGCGUAUCGAGGAUGCGAGCAUUGUCUUUCAGAUGAUGUCUGAGAGGGAUUUGGUCUGUUGGAAUGCAAUGAUUGGUGGAUUUGCAGUUCAGGGCUAUGUAAAUGAUGCAUUUCGAAUGUUCUGGUCUAUGAUGAAAGAAGGUAAAAUACCAGAUUGCUUUACUUUUGGGAGUUUAUUGAAUGCCUGUGCUCAAGGUAAUAAUCCUUCCAGAGUUUUCCAAAUACAUGGACUUAUUGUACAACAUGGCUUCGGAUUACAUGAACUGCUGAGUAGACUGCUAAUAGACGCGUAUGCAAAAUGUGGAAGCACAAAGUAUGCCUACUCUGUAUUUAGGAGUAUGAUGGUAAAGGAUCUAGUGUCUUACACUGCUAUGAUUGCUGGCUUUGCACUUGACAAUGAUCAUCAUAUUGAUGCUUUGAAUCUGUUUGGUGAAAUAUACCACAGUGGCAUGGUGCUAGAUGGUUUUAUCCUCUGUACCAUGCUUAGUAUGUGUUCUAAUUCUUCUUUGUUGAACUUUGGUAGACAAAUUCAUGCUCUUGCACUUAAGUAUGUUCCUACUCAUGACGUGGUUAUGGGCAAUGCCCUUAUUGAUAUGUAUGCCAAAUGUGGGGAGCUUAAGGAAGCCAUUUGUGCUUUUGAUCAAAUGGAAGAAAAGAAUGUCAUUUCAUGGUCAUCUUUGAUUGAUGGAUAUGCCAAGCAUGGCUAUGGACAUGAGGCAAUGUCAUUGUAUAGGAAGAUGGAAUAUGAGGGUCUCAAGCCGAAUGAUGUUACAUUUUUGUCUCUUCUAUUUGCUUGUAGUCAUGCAGGGUUAAUUAGGGAAGGUUGGGAGUGCUUUAAUAAUAUGGUCGGCAAACAUAACAUUGCUCCAACUGAAAAACACUAUUCAUGCAUGAUAGAUGUGCUUGCACGAGGUGGUCAAUUAGAGGAAGCUUUUGUUAUAAUGCAAAAGAUGGAUAUUCAGCCAAAUAAAUUGCAUUGGGGAGCUAUACUUGGUGCUUCUAAUGUCCACGGAGAUAUCUCUCUUGGAAAGUUAGCUGCAAAUCACCUUUUCAAUUUGGAUACCAAAAAUUCUUCUAAUUAUGUUGCUUUGGCUAAUAUAUAUGCUGCAUCCGGGUUGUGGAAUGAUUCUUGGGGUACACAUAAAUUGAUGGAGAAACAUAAGUUGAAGAAGAAUCCUGGCUACAGCCUUGACUUUUCCCAAAAGAAGAGAACAUAGCUUCUGCAAAGCUGAAAACAUAUGAAGAAAAUAUACAACCACUUCUUUUAUACUAUGGUGGAUCUUGUAGUAUUAACUGGUGAAAAACAAACAGGACUUGCAUAUGUCAACAAUAAGCUUAUGAUCAAGAACUGCGCAACACUUACAUGAAUAUUUGGUUCAAAUGUAAGAUCAUGCUUUAGCACGGAUAGCAUUUGCCAGAUUGAGGACAUCAUACUGAGGUCAUAAUAAGGAGGGAUGAAUUGAGGAGCUAAAUAUGGCCGACAAGAGAGGACAAAAUUAAUCUCGCCUUUGAUAUAUACCGAAGGUAAUAUUCAGCCUUCCUCAUUUUUCUGAUUGAGUAAAAACUCUUAUAUUCAUGCAUAAAACUCUGCUAAAACACAAAAAAUGGUAUAUAGCCGUCAUUUUUAUUGUUGCAAAUUUUGUUGUCUGGACGAAAGUUGACAUCAAACAGCAUAUUUAAGUCUAUAAAUGGAAACUGUGGCCAAAAGGUUCCCUUGUUGCCUCUGCAUCCAAUCCAAUCCCCUCUCUUUGAAUAAAAGCAGAAGAGUGCUGGCAGUUCCAUUAUGUUAGUUUGGGAAAAUCAAGAAAUUUUGUGCCAUAAUCCUCUAAAAACAUCAGGAUUUUUUUUCUUAAUCGUACCCUACGAUGGGCUGCGCUGUGUCUUUUGGGUGCAUAGGAGGGCCAAAACCCAAACAAAAUUUCCACUACAGUAAGGCGUGACUUAUAAAAGCCUUGAUAUCAACUGCAUAACUCGAUGAAUUGACAAAAUACCCUUAACAGCCCUAGGUGGGUAAGCUUACAAAAUAAAACUUUCAGACAAGGUUCAGUUAGCUGCAAGCCAACAUGGCAACGAGAAGUUGUGUUGGCCUCACAGCAGACAUAGGUAUUUUGGAUGGCAUUGAACUGCAUAAUAGUUGUGGGCUGAAAUUAUCUAUCCUUUGAAAGCAUCAAUAUGACAAUCUUAGUCUCUCUUCUGGAUAUUUGGCUUAAUUCCUGGGUUCCAAUUUCCAACCUUCUAUCGAUGUUUAUACUUGUACCUUGGAUGGCAGUCAAGAGUCUGCCUUUAACAAAGAAGCCGGCCCACACUUGAGUGACUAAGCUUGAAUAAAAGCUCCAAUUGUCGACAGAACCAUCCAUGUUAAGCUUCCUACACCCAGGGCUCAGAGAUUGAGUUGUGUAACUGAUAAAUUCGAACAGCCUGAGCCAUGUACGCUCAUCUUUAUUAUAGAUGAUGUCAGUAGCUUCCAUUAAGGGUCCUUGAGUUUCACGAUCUCCAUAUCCAUCUGUCUGCGGAUCCAAGAAUUGUAUACAUUGCCUUUAUUUUCAAUAUGCUCAUCAUUGAGACUUUCAGUAUAUUCUGUAAAAAAAAACAUGGUGGUUUAUGUGUUUGUAGGCUAUAAUUUUUUUUUCUAAUAAUGUGUCUUUGAUGGCUUUAAUUUUGAAUUUGAGUAGAAUUGAGACAAAGGAUUUUUCUGUAGUUUUUCCUUCUAUUGCUAGUCUUUUCUUCGGGUUGAAAGUAGAAGUUACAAGCCUUGAUUUUUAAAUCAUCAUGUUUUAUGGUGGCUUUUUAUUAAGGAGAAGAAAAGACCAUGGGAUUCGAUUAGAUAAAUGUUCGGAAAAGUAUGUGCUCCUUUUUGAGGUAUUGGAGGACCUGUAGUUGAUUUGUAAUUGCACCCUGUUCUCCCAGUUGAGUAUCUGACCCUCAGUUUCUCAAUUAUCCACAUUAUUUGCCCCUAUUCUUUCUUGCCACUUGCAUAGUUGAUAACUUUCUCGUGUGUAGCAGACUACGUUGAAGAUACUGGAUGCUCUAGAGAGUCUAGACCGAAGAUGUCCGGGAAAGACAGCAGUUCUCAACAGGGUUCUUUGCUACUUAGGUUAACAUAAGUUUCAACCCUCGCGAUUUUGUGAUCUGAGAUUGUGGAUAAUUUCUAGUACUCUGUAAUGCUUCUCUUCCUCAAAUUAUAUGUUUCAUUUGAUUUACAUCAUAUGCUAAGUGGAAGCUGCAGUGCAACCUUUGGACUUCGGCUGGCGGUAUGGUGCUCAUUGAUCAACACCGCUGGAAUUAAUAGAAUUAUCAGUGACAUAUUGCUCAAUUAAUUAACAUGAUGUUUAGAUGUUAAUCUUUAUUCUGCUCUUGCUUUUUCAGACAAGUUUCUGGUCCUAUGUUAUAUUUAUGUUUCAUUUUUAUGGAUCAAAUUCAAGAAUGUUGCACUUUUGCAGUACUUGAGCCUUAAGCCAUGUUAAAUAUGUAAAUGUUGUAAAUAAUUUGUAGUACAGAUGGGUAGAUAAUAUGCUCUAAUUCUCUUGUAUAAUUCUUAUAGAAUAACGAUUCCUUGUAAAAGUGGUACAAUUAAUCUACGUUAAAGGUGAAAGUUAUGGAUGCUGUUUUGGACAAAAGUGAAUUUAGGGUUCUCUAUGUCUUUCUCUCUACUUACCUACAAACAAUA